CUGGGGAAGAUGGCGGCGCCCAUGGGGCGGCGUGCGCGGCGCUGAGCUCUCCCUCCUCGCUGUCUGUCGCUGCCAUGUCGCGGCUUAUCGUGAAAAAUCUCCCCAAUGGGAUGAAGGAGGAUCGCUUCAGGAAGCUGUUUGCUGCCUUUGGCACRCUCACUGACUGCUGCCUGAAGUACACCAAGGAUGGCAGGUUCAGGAAAUUCGGCUUCAUCGGCUACAAAUCUGAGGAGGAGGCCCAGACCGCCCUGAACCACUUCAACAAAAGCUUCAUAGACACUUCCAGAAUCACGGUGGAGUUAUGCAAGUCCUUUGGCGACCCUACCAAACCCAAAGCCUGGAGCAAGCACUCCCAGAAGGCUCCUGCAGCAGAAAAGCAGCCUGAGAAGCCCUUGGCCAGUGCAGCUCCUGCAGGCACAAAGAAAGAUAAAAAGAAGAAAGAUCCAGUGAAUAACUUAAAGGAGCUGCAAGAAGAUAAAACAUUCCAGGAGUUCUUGGUGGUCCACCAGAAGCGGUCCCAGGUGGCCACKUGGGCCAAUGACACUUUGGCAGAGGAGCCCAAGAAGGGAAAAUCAGCAGCAGCAGCAGCAGAUUACCUGAACUUUGAUUCAGAUGAGUCUGAGGAGCUGAGUGAGGGUGGGGAUGAGCCCUCUGAAGAUGAGGAAGAGGAGGAUAAAGCAAAGAAAGGAGGGAAGAAGGCAGCUACCAGCAAAGACCUCUCAGAUCUGGAUUACCUGAAAUCCAAAGUGGUGGAGGAUUCCUCCUCCUCCUCCUCCUCCUCCUCCAGUACAGAGGAAGAAACAGAGAGUGAGGAGGAGGAAAGUGAGACUGGAGAGGAUUCAGGCAUUGCAGAAACCCCCAGAGAGAAAAGGACAAAGCCAAAACCCCAACAAACAGAGCAGGAAACACCAGUGGGGAAGAAGAAAAAAGGAUCCACGCUAGAGAGCCAGGGCAGCUCAGGGGAAGCCAGCACUGCGUUCACAGUGAAACUUCGUGGGGCUCCCUCCAACAUCACUGAGCAAAAAAUUCGGGAUUUUUUCUUCCCUCUGAAGCCAGUGGCAAUCCGGAUGGGAAAAAAGGCCCAGGGGAGGAAUUCAGGUUACAUCUUUGUUGAUUUGAAGAGUGCAGCAGAAAUGCAAAGGGCCUUGAAGAGGAAGAAAGAAUUCCUGGGGGGACGCUGCGUGGAGAUUUCCCGGUGCAGGAACACCCCAAAAGAAACAGCUCCAGCCAAACCUGACCAGCAGCCGUGGCAAAGGGUGCUGAGGGAUGAUGAGGAAGAGGAGGACUUGUCUGAAUCAGGGAGGCUGUUUGUCAGGAAUCUCCCUUUCACCAGCACCGAGGAGGACUUGGAGAAGAUCUUUUCCAAGUAYGGACCCCUGUCAGAGAUCCACUUCCCCCUGGACAAACAGACCAAGAGACCCAAAGGCUUUGCCUUCAUCACCUACAUGAUGCCUGAGCACGCUGUGACAGCCUUGGCAGAGCUGGACGGGCAGGUGUUCCAGGGCAGAAUGAUGCAUCUUUUACCCUCCACAAUCAGAAAGGGAAAAACRGAAGAUGGAGAUGCAGAAGAUUCUUCCUCCUACAAAAAGCGCAAAGAGGCCAAGGACAAAGCCAGCAGUGCCAGCUCCCACAACUGGAACACGCUGUUUGUGGGGACCAACGCCGUGGCCGAGGCCAUGGCUCACAAGUACAACGCUGCCAAAAGCCAAGUGCUGGAUGCUGAGAGCAGAGACAGCGUGGCCGUGAGAGUGGCUCUGGGAGAAACGGAGCUGGUGCAGGAAAUCCGCCGCUUCCUGGUGGAGAAYGGAGUCAGCCUGGAUUCCUUCAGCCAGGCUGCUGGAGAGAGGAGCAAGACGGUGAUCCUGGUGAAGAACCUGCCGGCCGGCACGGACCCCGCCGAGCUGGAGGAGCUCUUUGGCCGCCACGGCGACCUGGGCCGGGUGCUGCUGCCCCAGGGAGGGAUCACAGCCAUCGUGGAGUUCCUGGAGCCCAGCGAGGCCAAGCUGGCCUUCACCAGGCUGGCCUACACCAGGUUCCACUCUGUGCCGUUGUACCUGGAGUGGGCUCCUAUGGGGGUUUUCCUUGGCCCAGCCCCUCAGAAAGAAAAAGCUGGGGCUCCAAAAAAGGAGGAUGAAGCAGGGCUGGCACCAGGUGAAGCUGUGCAAGACUCGGAGGGAGCAGCAGCACAGGGAGAGGAGGAGGAAGAAGAAGAGGAUGAAGAAGAGGAAGAAAAUGUUCCUGGGUGUACYUUGUUCAUCAAAAACCUGAACUUUGCCACCACAGAGGACACGCUGAAGGAGACAUUCUCCAGAGCAGGAGCCCUGAAGAGCUGCACCAUAUCCAAGAAGAAAGACAAAGCAGGUGCUUUGCUUUCCAUGGGAUUUGGAUUUGUGGAGUACAGGAAGCCAGAGAGUGCCCAGAAAGCCCUGCGCCAGCUCCAGGGCUGCACUGUAGAUGGCCAYAAACUGGAGGUGAAACUCUCAGAGAGAGCUAUCAGGCCCGCUGUGAAAUCAGCCCGGAAGAAACAGAUCGCCAAGAAGCAGAAAACUUCCAAGAUCCUGGUCAGGAACAUCCCCUUCCAGGCCACUGUCAGGGAAAUCAGGGAGCUCUUCAGCACUUUUGGAGAGCUCAAGACCGUCCGGUUGCCCAAGAAAAUGGCAGGAACGGGSUCCCACCGCGGCUUUGGCUUCGUGGAUUUCGUCACCAAGCAGGAUGCCAAGAAAGCCUUCAACGCCCUGUGCCACAGCACUCACCUGUACGGCCGCAGGCUGGUGCUGGAGUGGGCGGACACGGACGAGACGCUGGAGGCACUGCGGCGGAAAACAGCCGAGCAUUUCCACGACGCCCCRAAGAAGAAGAAACGAUCGGAGUUUUUGAAUGAAAUCAUGGAGCACCUGGAGGAGGAGGAAGAGAACAAAGAGGAGGACAUCUGACAGCUGCUGCUGUCUGCUGAGGUCUCUGGCUGAUGGAUGGAGCAGGAGAAGCCUCCAUGAGGAGCCRGCCCACUUGUUGCCAGCCCAGCCCGUUCAUCCUGCAAACCCAAGGGCUGAUUUGUGCCCUGUGUCCAAGUCCUGGAAUUCUCUGCCUUUAAAUUCGGAGAGGAAGGAAACCCUUGAGUGCUGGCAGCUGCUGAGCAUCACUUCCAAAUCCAGGCARGGAUGUGAUUCCCUUCACCUCAGCCCAACCUGGGGGAAGAGAACCUGGAGCGAUGGACACCUCCCUGCUGACCCCAGGGACUCGGACAGAACCCGCACUUUAUAUCUGAAUUAAAUCAUUUCCGUACUUUAAAAACCAGAUUUUAAGUUUGCCAAACUGAGCCACRCCUGGGUUUUGUUUGGCUUUGUCUCUCCUCCCCAGCCAGGUAGGUUUUUGGGGCUGAUGGGGAGAUAAGAGCGUUUUCAGAGUGCGCCCUGGGGUUUGGCACGCCGGGCUUUGUGCCUGUGUCACUUCUGUCCCCGCUCCCCUGCAGUCRCCUCCCUUCUCUCCCUUGCCGGCUUUCAAAGGGAAAGAGGCUUUGCUUUUCAACCAGGGUACUGCUUUACAUAUGUAGGCAGCUGAUAAAGUAUUUUCCCUUCGCCCCUUUCCCCUCUGGGAAUYGCUGUCUUACGGCAAAACUGUUUUGUCUGACAAGGGCUGCAACAGAUUACAUGUGUUGGCUGCAAACACGGGGCCUUUUUUUACCCCCCUUCCAGCCCCCCUGGUUUUUUUUUUUCCUUUUUA